AUGGUGACCAAGGAGCAAGAAGCUGCAGCGGCUUCCAGAAAUUUCCAACCUGUCAUUGUAAAACCUCCAUCAGUGCCCACAUAUAAGAGGGGGCAAAUAGGCUGUGCUGAAGACUACCUUCUUGCCAAGCUACCUCCAGAUGGUCGAGACAUCCCAUUUUUGGUUCCGACAUUGAAACCUUCCUACAUUCAACCUCGCAUGUCCUGGAACCCAAACUUCCCAGAUGGACUGGAAGGUUCUGCUAGAACAGCCUUCAAUGACCGGAAAGCAGAGCUUUCCAGUUACUAUCAAAAUGGUACAGACUCUGAUGUUUAUAAUCCAGGCUACAUACUGCAGCAGGUGUCUCCACGUCCGCUGCGGCAUCCACAACAGGGAGAGAAGAAUACACGCUUAUAUGACUCAAGCUGGGAUUUAAGGAUCAACAAGCCUCCAUUGUCUCCUGGUUUAAGUAGUUCCAUGUUUGAACUCAAUUCUGCAAAUCGUUACAUUCAGAGGUACGACUCGGUCUCCAGCGUUCAGAGCAGUACUUCCUCCUCCAUGAGGGAUUCCCAAGGCAGCACUCCAAGUCUAGUAACAUCCUCAGGCGAUGAGAGAGAGCUGGGGAAGCUGAAUGUGAGGCUGUGCUACAAUUCUUCACUCGAACAGGUCUGGAUCACUGUCGUACAGUGCAAAGACUUGAAUUUGCCUUCUAAAUAUGGAGACACCCCAUCGGUCUGUGUGAAAGGAAUCAUCACACUGCCCAAGUCAGUUCAGUUCAAGUCGUCAGUCAAGGAUGGCACUACUGAUAUUGAGUUCAUGGAAACCUUUGUCUUUUCAAUCGCACUAAGCAAGCUUCAGACUGUGGGAUUGGUAUUCAGAAUCCAGAUGCAGACUCCAAGGAAGAGAACAGUUGGCGAGUGUUCCUUAUCCCUAAGAGAUCUGAGUUCCACGGACUCAGAUUACUUGCUGGAUAUAACAUCUCUGACAAAAUCGAGCUGCUAUGCAGAGAUUCAGACAGCAGUCUGUUUCCAGCCUGUCAGCAACAGAAUUCAGCUACAAAUUGUAGAAGCUCAAAACUUGCCAAGUUCUGCCACUCCCUUGUCUUUAAGUUUUUUUGUGAAAGUGGAAAUGUGCUUUGCUGACGGUACCAUUGAAAAGAGGAAGACCCGAUCACUCAAGUCCACCAAUGGCCAAGUGAAAUGGGCAGAUACUAUGCUGUUUCCAUUAGAGACAAAGAAAGUUCAAGGGAUUACCUUUGUCAUUAAACUCUACAGGACUUCCAUGAGGAGGAAACACUGCCUUGGACAGGUUUUGCUUGGCUGGGAAAGUACCAGUAAUGAGGCUGCAGACCAAUGGAAAGACAGUUUGUCAAACCCAGAAAAGGUUGUUACGGCAUGGCACAAAGUGACCUGAAAGGGCAUCAGACAUCUUAUUAGCCCUGUGUACCACUUUAGGGUUAAUGGUCUAAGCUGUGUGUUACUCAGCUGCACAAAUGAAGGAGAUAGUGCCUGUUUUACAUGAAUUAUUUAUCUUAAACUGCAAAUUAUCUUAAAUGAUAACAUUUGUCCAAAUGGCUUGUAAUGCUGCCACAUCAUUUCUCUUUGACAGGUGGGAUGAAAUGCAAGAUUUUAGCACUUUGUUUUAGUUGUUCAUUUAGUUUUAGAUACUCUUUACCAGUCAGUCUCACAAUGUUUUAUUGAUUUGUAUGAAUAAUAUUUGCCAAUUUCUUCCACCUGUACCCUCUGCUCUGAGGUAGAGACUUAUGCAUUACAGAAUUACUAUGAAGCUGAUUACAUUUUAAUAUCAAACACUUUGCCUUUAAAAAGGUGGAAAGCAGGUCUAAGCACACUUAUUGGAAAAACUAGAAUGUUCUGCAUUUUGUAAGUACUUCUAUCUAUGAUUUAUUUUGCUUUUUUUUUUUCCUUUUUCUUUUGUGCAUGUACAGUUCUGUAAUUUAUUUACUUCUUCAUGAAUACAGCAAACCAUGUAAUUAAUCCUCAGGCAUCUACUUUAUUAACAAUAAUGUUUACUUAAGAAUAGAGCAGUAGUUCCAGAAAUGGUUACUCUUUAUUUUCUUAACGAAUUUCUUGUGUGGUACCCACAACAAAUUUUUUUCACAAUCAUAAGACUUCUACACAUUCACUUGUUAACAUAGGAUGAAAUGAGAGUUACGCCCACACAAAUGAAGAAAAAAUCCUCUAGUUAGGAGUUUUUUUUGUUUCAGCACCCCAAGCAGUGGACCACAGGCUGCUGAAGUAGCCAUCUAUGGAGGAGUGUGGCAGUGUCUCACCAAGGUUGAACUGUUAAACUGUCCAGCAUGGAUGUGAGAUGCAGUCAGUGUUCAUCUGUACCCCUGAACUGCCCUGAUUUAUUAUCCCCUAACGUGUCAGCUUACCUGUCUAAAAAUAGGGUAAAAAUAACAAAAUUCUUACAUUAUGCAAAUGAAGCUACAGAACAUUUGACAGUGAAUUGUUAUGGCUAAAGGGUCAUCUGUGGAUUUAGCUCAAAUGGUGUGCUCGCUUUGCAUAUGAGAGGUAGUGGAAUUGAUGCCCAUAUUCUUCAUGGUUUUAAACCUAUAGCCCUCUUUAACAGGAACCUGGAUGACUGGAUGGGAAACAGAAAAUACACCAACAAAUAAGAAAAAAAAAUACACCCCUAGGAUCCCACCUGUGUCUCUUCUGGACAGGGGAAACAGGUGCUGACUUUGUGGGAACACGGGAAAAAUUCUUGGCUAGGCUUAUAAGGGCCUCCAGGCCAAUAACCUAGAAUCAUCCUAUGAAGCUAUGAAUCUAUGAAUCUGAACAUCGAUGUGUAUUUUUGUUUCAACACAGCAUCCUCUUAUGUACUUUGUUUUAUGAGACCAGGAGCUUCUGUCAUGUAAUUACACAUCAUUUUUAAACAGUCUGCAGAGGAAAGAGAAGGGCACUUUUGCUUUACUGACACCAAUAGAGAGAAGCACCCUUCACUUUCUGGUAUAGAAGAACAUUAUUAUCAGGAAAACAAGGUUGCCUUUUUUUGCAAAUUCUGUAUAAGAAAUGCAAGUUGCUUAAAGGAUAACUUCACCCCUAUGCCAUGAGUUUGCCAUCAGAAAGUGUUCUUAAUCUCUUUUUGUCAGGUCCAAGACUACCACAUAAAAAUCUAUCUAUACUUAUUCUGAAGUGUUUAUCUACACCAUUUUGACUUGCUGUAAACUCUAACUUUAUUUAGUUGUGGCAUUUUUUCACAGUAUCUUUUGCAUCCCGAAGGAGUUUUCAGAAGCAUUUUGUGGUUAAGACAUGGAAAGCUGUAUUUAUGAGAUUUACAGCCAUACAAACAAAAUACUUAGGUCACAGAUUCUCAUAGGUUCAUAGGUAAAUACAGGGCUAGCUGCCCUUGUGGGUCAUUUUAAGCCUAGCCAAUUUCUCUUUUAGUAUUUGAAUUAACCUAUACCAUUUAGUUAGCGAUUGGCCUUACCCACCCAUUAUCAUUAAUUAUAUAUAUUACCCCUAGUGAGAAUAACUGGGAUCAUAACAUAGAUAAUUUGACAGUUAAUAUAAAUAGCUAAUAUAGUACAUUAUCAUAGAUAAUAUAAUCGAUAAUCCUGAAUGGUACAUUAAUUUCUUUUAGGGAGGUUUUACUUAGGUAUAUAAUCCCUUUGAUAACAGUCAGAUCAGUCUGUAAUUAUGAUUCAUCAGUGGGAAGGGCACCCAGCAGAACAUUCAUAACUGCUUAAGAGCAUUUUUCAAACAAAAAUGAAAGGAACUCCAUAAAAAAGCUGUACUGACGUUCUGCCCAGAGACAUUCAAGAAAACAGUGCUACGAAAAGACAGAUAGCUUGAAAGAAACAUUUCUGUAAUUAGUGUCAUAUAAUAAUAACACAGGCACUGACAGAAGAAGUAUUGGCAAUAAAACAUAAUCAUGUCAGUGUCUUUGGGUAUAAUAUGUUACAAAAUAGCAGUAACCUGUUAGAGGGCAUAAGAUGGUAUAAUUGCUUUUCAAUCACUGGGUGAAGUUUCCCUUUAAAUCAGUUAUUAGUGCUGGCAGACUGCAUUGUUACACCAGAUCAUGUUCAGAUAAAUGCAGUGUCGAUGUGGUAGGGAUUAGACAAUCUUGUGAUGAUAUCAGUUAUCUACAGUGUGCCGUAUAGAAUACAGUGUGAUAUGGUAACACAAGUUGUGAUAGCAGUGACAGUGCUGGAAAGUGGUUUCAUCUUGUUAAAUGUCAGGACUCUUACAAAUGCUUGAUGCCUACUUUCUUUAAGUGAGCAGUGUGCCCUGAGUAAGUGUUUGCACAUCAAACUGUCUGUGAUUAUUACGGUCAAACAAGGUAUUCAGCAAACGCAUCAGAAUAUUUAGAAAUGUAUGUAGAAGUCAGACAAGUAUGAUUGUAAACAGCAGAGACCACAGCUAAAUCUUCACCUCUGCAUUCCAUUUUCUUACAAACUUAAAAUGUUUAUGUCAUGAGCCAGAUUUUGACUAAUUGUUAAUCUGAAUACAGCAAAAUGUAAGAAAAAUGUUCUGAAGACUAUAUAAAUGUUUUUCAUGAAUCACUGAAUAAAGCCACAGUAGUAAAAAAAUUUACUGGA